AUGGACGCCUCCUCCCUCCGCAUCUCCAAGUUCGAUGGAACUAACUUCCACGCCUGGAAGUUCAAGAUGCAGAUGGUGCUGGAGGAACGGGACCUAUGGGAGGUCGUCAGCGGUGAGAUCAAGGCGGAACAGUGCGAGACUCAGUUGGACCAAGCGACGUACAAGAGGAAGUCAAGAAAGGCGAUGGCAGUGAUCUGUCUAGCCAUGGAAGAUUCCCAGCUACCGUUGGUCCGGUCGGCAAGUGGUGCAUGCGACGCAUGGUCAAGGUUGGAAGACCACUUCGAGAAGAAGAGUCUUGCCAACAAGCUGUUCUUGCGCCGUCGCUUCUUCACGACAAUGAUGGAAGAAGGCGACGAUGUGCUCGAACACAUCAACAAGCUCAAGACGCUGGCGGAACAGCUAGAAGCGGUGGGGGCUCCAGUCUGCGAGGACGAUCUGGUGAUCACACUCCUCGGCAGCCUGAGUGACUCGUAUCAAUUCUUGAUCACAGCUUUGGAGUCGCGCUCAGACACUCUUAGCUGGGAGCUCGUGACGUCUCGACUGCUUCAUGAAGAAAUGAAGCGGAAGGAGCAAGGAAGUAAAGGUGAUGAAGCUUCGCAAGGUCAAGCGUUCAUCACAAGGGACAAUCAGCGCAAAGGGCGACCAGUGAAGAAGUCCUGGCCGUGCCACAAUUGCGGAAAGAUUGGUCACUGGAUGGCGGAGUGCCCCUCGCGCAUCCAAGAAAACACGGAGAGACACCGGCCACAGCGUGCUCAAGACAGCGGCGACCGCUAUCGAUCACAACGUGCAAACGUCGCUCAAGAAGAAGACUCGGGCGACUACCUCUUUUCGAUCGGUGAAACGACAUCUGCGAAAUCGAGCGACAUCUGGCUGGUCGACUCCGGGGCGACGCAGCACAUGACGUGCUCCAAGAAGUUCAUGCGGAACUACAAGGGGUUUGACGCUGUGGAUGUCCAUCUCGCGGAUGAUGGAAUCGUCCAAGCAAUCGGCAGUGGGGACAUUGUCAUGUCGAUGAAGACACCCCAAGGGAUGAAGAAAGGUGUGCUCACAAACGUGUGGCACAUCCCAAAGUUAUCCAGAAACCUGUUCUCGGUCGGCCGCUUCACCAAGGAUGUCGGCCCAGUGACGUUCACGAAGGAUGGGUGCUAUGGAGAAGCGAAAGGGACCAAGUGGAAAAUUGGUGCCCGUGAAGGUAAAGGACUGUUCAAGCUGCAAAUGACUCCAGUGGCGCCGGAACAAGCAAAUGCAGCCAAGUCGUCGGGAUGUCAAGGGGGCACCAAGUCGUACCUCUGGCACCUUCGGCUUGGCCACAUAGGUCACGAUGGACUCAAUUGCAUCGUGACGAAGAACAUUGGAAUUGGCAUCGACAUAUCUUCGGUGAAGAAGUGGGACGUGUGUGAAGGUUGUGCUCUGGGAAAACAGACUCGAGUGCGCUUCCAAUCAAACACUACAGCUCGCACCUCCAAACUCCUCGAAGUGAUUCACAGCGACGUAUGCGGACCGAUGUCGAUGGCAACUUUCAGUGGAAAACGGUACUUCGUGACAUUCAUUGAUGACAAGUCAAGAUACUGUGUCGUCUAUCUGCUCAAGAGCAAAUCUGAAGUUGCGGCGAAGUUCAUGGAAUACGCUGCGAUGGCCGAAACGCAAACCGGAAAGCGCGUGAAGUACCUUCAAAGCGACAAUGGGGGUGAAUACAAGUCCGACAUGUUGAAAAGACAGCGGCUGUGA